CUAUCAUAAUGGGAAGAGAAAACCACGACCCUACUAUUGUUCACUCUUCCAUUGCACUUUUACAAGAGAGGUUUAGACAAUUGGAAAGAGUUAAAGAAAUGAGGGAAGAAAGAGAGCUAAAGAGAAUGCUCAAUGAACCAAAACAAAUCUAUGAUCAAUCAACAAGGUUGCUUUCUUCCAACCAUGAAUUGAUCAUUCCAUCAAGUUCUUCACCACCUCAUGUUUCUCUUUCUCUUUGGCCAACAACAUCAUCACAGGUAAAGCAACAAGAGGAAUAUUACUCAAGUUUGAAGAGUCCUGUUUCAAUGAACUUAUGCACCACAAGUUAUACACAAAACAUGCAGGCUAGUUCAUGGAAGAAUGGUUAUGAUUGUGACUCUUCCUCUGAUUCUGGUGUUGACACUUCUCUUCACCUCUAAAAGUCCAUUUAUAAUUGUCUAGCGAGUCAUGAUUGUGGUUUGUGACACAAUAAACUCCUAUUGAAGCUCUGGUAAUUCAAGAUUUAGGGUUGAAGGUUCAGGUUUUUGCGCGAGACAAGUAAAAACGGGUAAAUAAUUGUUUUUUGUCAACUUAGCGAUUUAUUAUCAACGUGUGAUCAGUAUUAGACAAUAGUACUAAGAAAAUAUUAAAUCAUAUCAUAUGGCUUGAUAUGGUAUGAACAAGAGGGUUGUUUAAAAUUUUGGUGUCACAUAAUAUGUAUGAAUCAUGUAUGUUGUUUUCUUGGCUGGUUUCUUUUGUUUCUUCAUAAUUUUUCAGUUUAUAAAUUAAUAU